CUCGCCCCCAGGGGGAAGGCACGGGGGGGGGCGGGGAGCUGGUUAUCCUCGCCCCCAGGGGGAAGGCCCUGCUUCUUUUCAGGGAGUCUUGCAAGUCAGGUCUGAGUGGCAUUGGCAGGGCUGCAAUACAUCUGUAUCUUGCAUGGUGCAGAACUGUGCCUGACAGGCCCUGUUAGUCUUUCCUUUGCCUGAAAAUCUGCUAUGGGUUAGGAAAAGACAAACCUCUGCCUUGCAAAAAUAUAUAUAAACACAUCUGUGGCCUGCCACAGGCCCCUUUGGGCUUAAACCCCAAAGUAAAAGUACCGGCAGAGCAAAGAAACCUGGUGAUUCAGGUGUUGCAUAAGAAAUGGGCAGAGAGGCCGCCUGGGCAGAAUGUACUUGCAAACGAAGCGGUGUCUCUUCCUCUCCUCCCAGGCUUGCAGGCUGCAGAAGCUGUUUGCUGUGGAAGGGGAGCUCGAAGACGAGGACUUCCUGUCGGCCGUGGAGGAUGCAGAGAACCAGUUCUCAGAUUUGGUCCCCGUAAAUUCAAGAUGCUUGAGGCCCUUUUCUUCUGGGCCCAGAGACCCAGGCACCCCCCUGGCACCAGCUCAGGAGUCCCCACUACCUGCUUUUCCCAGUACAAGCAUGCUGUCCCCAGUUUUUGGGCUGGAGAACCUUCCCAAACUCAGAGCUGGAGCUGAUUGCCCUUCCAGCAAAACACCUGGCCUGAGGCCUCUGACAGCGGUGAACACUCGGACUGUGGAUCCUCCAGCUGUGGGCUUCAAGACUCUAAAGAACCAGGUGGCCCCUACGUUGGCAGUACCGGCCCUGCGCACUUCAAACCGCACGAGGGACUGCACGCCAAGCUGCAGCUCGGCAGCAGGGUUUAAGUUUGUGAGCCGACAGCCUCCCCUUCCGGAAGCUGCCCAUGGUGAUGAAUUUGAAAAUGACCUGUUCUUGGCAGCGUGCAUGCAGGCGGAUGCAGCCUGCGUGCAGCCAGGUCCUGGGCCUGCCGCGGCUGAGAAGGGGUUGUCCCCUCGGGUGUGCAGGAGGGAAGCGAGUAGCCCUGGAGGGACAGGUUUCAAAAAGCUUCGCGUGGGAGCUCCAAUGGUAACUCCUAGCCCUGGUGGCUCAGUCUCUCUGCAGCACGAGGGGACUCGGGCCAUCUCGAUGGGGGCAGACAGAAUGCAAAAUCAGUCCCCGUUCCAGCAGGCUGACCCUGCUCUGAAACUGAAGCUGAGGCCGAGCACAGCAGGUUCUUGCUCCUCUCAGUCUAGCCUAGUCACUCCGGCUACCUCCCUGGGGAAUGCAGUCCCUCAAGGCAACACUGCUGCAGGCACAUCUUGUGGCACCAUCUCUGCUCCCAGGUGCCACACUCUGAGGCCUUUUCAAGCAUCUCAAGGUCAGCCUGGAACCGAAGCAAGUAGCCCUUUGGUGGCUCCAGGAAAGGCUCCAAGCCUCAUCUCAGGGAGUGGCAAUCCAAGGCCACCAACGCCACAGAUGCCCAGUCAGGGCUGUUCCACACCCAGAGGGCUCAGCAGCAGUUGGGAGCCACCUGUUAGGCUCCCUGCAGGACCACGGUCCUUGAUGACUUGUGUGGAGUCACCAACUUCCAUCCCAAGAGCUCCCUACUCAGCCUCUGCUGCGGCUGGGAACCUGCAGUCUCCGGUGGUCACCAAUCACCUUGUGCAGCUGGUCACGGCAGCCAACAAGACUCCCAAGGCUUCUGGCUGGACCCCGUCACGGGUGAAAUCUCGCCGCUUCCCAGGACCUGCAGGGAUUCUGCCUCAUCAGCAUGGUGGGAAAAAUCUGGAGGAAAUCCUGAUUUCCACUCCUCAGACUCCAGCCCAUGGAGCACUGGCAAAGCUACGGACAGAGGACGUGCCGAGUUCCCAGCAGCCAAUAGAAGAGGACUUUGGAAAAGGCCCCUGGAUUGCCAUGAAAACCGAGCUGCGGUUGGAUGAAAGAGACCCCUCCUGUUUCCUCAGGACAUAUAGCGUGGCCAUGGUGCUGAGGAAGGCAGCUCUGAAGCAGCUCCCGAAGAACAAGGUCCCCAGCAUGGCGGUGAUGAUCAAGUCACUGACACGCACCAACGUUGACGCUGGUGCCGUGUUCAAGGAUCCUACUGGAGAGAUGCAGGGGACAGUGCACCGCCUGCUGCUGGAGGAGAGACAGAGCGACCUGAAGGCCGGUUCAGUGCUUCUCUUAAAGCAGGUGGGGGUGUUCUCCCCAUCCCACCGCAAUCACUACCUCAACGUGACUCCCAACAACCUGGUGAAGAUUUACGUGCUGGAGUCCAGCACCGGGAGCCCCCUGCAGCCAUCACAGGAGCAUGGGGAGAUGGGAGACAGGACGGUGCCAGUGUCCUUAGAGGUCCAAAGCCCGGCUGAAUUCCAGCAGAACUCACCAGAAAAUCUCUCCGGGGGUGCCCCCAACCCCAGGAGCACAUGGAGCUUCAGGAGGGAUGGAAACAGCAGCUGGCGUAUGGAACCAUCCUGCCAUGGAGACAGCACAUCGGUGUCCAACAGACCUUUCCACGAGGAACCCCUGGGGGCUGAAGCCUGUGACAUGGAUGACCUGGAUGGGCUCCUAGGACAGCUGCCGGAGGACUUCUUUUCUGCUUCUGCCAUGGAGAGCAGCCGGUGAUCCCCUCUGGAGUGACAACGAGGCGAAGACCCCCCAGCCAGAACGGAGCCGGAUGGUCACUCAGCCGGGGCAGCACCCGGGCUGAAUCCUGGCAGAGCAAGGACUCUGAACAGCAAGGUGACUUGUGUGCCUUAAGUAUCCUGUAUACAUUUAUGAAUAGUAAGUUUGUUGUGUGUCUGGGAGCUGUGAUGACAGGACCGUGCUGACUGAUAGUCUGGGACUCCCGUACGGAACAGGGGCGACGCUGGCAGCCCUGACGUGAAAUGAUUCUGAGCCCUUCCAGCAGCACCCUGGCAGUCUUUGCUUGGUCACAACCCGUGAGUGACACAGCCUUCCCUGCUUGUAUCUGAUUCCUGCAUUAAAUGGGUGUUUGGUACCUUU